AUGUCAAGAGUCACUCCUCCAGUCACCAAACUCGCCCAGGCCGUGCGCAGAAUCAGUUCAACCCAAACCGCGAACCGAUCGUCUACUCUCCUCGAUUCCCAAGCCAGAAGUGCCUACCUACCCCGCUCAAGACUCGACCUCAAGGCCGAAUGCAGCAAACGUCAAUUGAAGACCAACGGCAAUAAAGCAGAGCUGGUCGAGCGUCUCGCCGCUGCCGACCUCAUCAACAACUCGCAUGGCUUCCACACACUAGGCGACGGCCACCGCCCAGCAGCGCCCGUCACCCGAACCAUCCCCCUAAUGCAAACCUUCCGGUCAUCGGCCCCCAAGCAAGCCGUCCGCGAUGCCUCCACCAUGGACCACUUCACCUUCCCCCAGAUCCCCGACGUCCCUUCAAACCCCUUCGCCAAGCUGCGCGUGCCUCUGCUUCCAGAUAACUACUCCCCCGACCGCUCGCCGGAGUCCGGCCUCAUGGUCGAGGCGGCCGAUGAGGCUGUCUUCAGACCGGAAAUCAACGUUUGUGCGAGUCAUCCCGAAAAUGUAGCUCCCGCUGCGCUGAGCGAGGUGGUGGGGAAUGAGGCUUUGGAGGUCGAUCUGGGACAGCUUACUGCUGGGUUCUCAUCGUCCGCUGAUGCCGAUUCUAAGGAACCCGGUGUGCUGAAGGAGUUAUGGAGUGGUCUAGUGGAUGAUCUUAUUGGUUCUAAAGCUGGUUCACCGAAGCUUGCUAUCUAG